CGCUCAAUGGUCAGAGAUAUCCAACCUAAAAUAAACGUUGAUUCAUUAGUACGAUAAAGCGAUUUAAACAUUUUUUUGCAUUUGUCAUUGAACGAUAAUCAUUUAUUUUUCAACAACGUUCAACAGCGAACGAUAUUGUUAUGCAUGUUAAUACGUUAAAUAUUUACAAUGUGAUUAAUCUACGAAGUGAUAUAGUGAACAAGGAAAAGAAAUGUACAAGUUAAACAAUCUACUAUUCUUUUACUAUUUUGCAGUUGUUACUGUUUUUGCUGAUACACCUGUAGUGAAUGACAAUAUUUGCAUAUUUCGUGAACCUGUUUUUAGUGUUUUCACUUACAACUUUACCAGUCUUAUAAGUCCUACAAAGGAUGCUAUUGUAAAUGACGAACGUUUAAAUGUAACUGUACGUUUACAAUUAUGUUCUGCACUGAAACAAAAAUGCAAUGGAGAAGAUGGGUAUGGAAUUUGUUUAGUGAAAAACAAAAAAGAAAAAGGAAUAGGAAAAAUGCCUCCAGUGGUAAAUAUAACAAAUGGAAGAAUAAUGUUUGUAUUCACAGGUGAUAACUGUACAUCUGAUACUAAAUAUACUGUAAAUAUUUUUAUGAAAUGUGAUUAUAAAGCUGAAAACAAUUCUCUUCCGGAACCAUUUUCUCAUACAUUAGAAGGAUGUAACAUAUAUAUGAUAUGGAAAAGUGUUCUUGCUUGUGGGCCUCGAAUCAUAGGAAAUUGUACAGUAACAGAUAAAGGAUUGCAUUAUGAUUUAUCACCUUUAACGAAAUAUUCAGACAAUUAUUUUGUUGCAAUAGAUAAAUCACCAAAAAUUAUAUUAAAUAUUUGUCAUUCUGUAAUAUUUGAAUACAAAGCCAUGUGUCAAUCGCAUUCUGGAGCUUGUUUACAGAAUUCUUCAUUCAAUGAAUAUGUGAAUUUGGGUGAUAUUCAAAACCCACCCUUUGUAACAGAUUCUGGAGAACUUAAACUUGAAUAUCAGGAUGGAGAUCUGUGUAAAGUGAGAAGUAUUUCAGUACCACAUAUUAAGACUUCUAUCACUUUUAAAUGUGAUUUCGAAGCUAUGAAUACAGAUCCAGAAUAUAUCGGUGGAAGUGAAGAGUGUCACUAUCAAAUAAUGUGGAGAACUGCAGCAGCUUGUAGUGUAGAAUCUUUACGUAAUCGUAGUAUAGCCACUGCUGGCAAUUGUACAGUGAAUAAUCCUCUUACAAAUUUUACGUAUGAUCUACGAUCUUUAAUGAAUAAAAACUCUUAUACAAUAUCAAAAAAUGGCAUAGAAUAUAAAUUUGGUGUAUGUGGAUCACCUGUGAAUAAUUCAUGUGUGGCAGGAACAGGAGUUUGUCUUACUCAGACUAGUAUAUCUAUGGGAAAGGCUAAUACAAAUUUAAUCUGGGAAGAGGGUGGACCAUAUUUAAAUUAUACAGAUGGAGACAUAUGCGAGAAUGGAUUACAACGUUAUACAAUUAUUGCAUUUGUAUGUGGAGCAGAAGGAUCUCCAGAUAAACCACUUAUUAUGGAACAAAAUGCUUGUCAAUUGAUUAUACAUUGGAAUACUAAUUUAGUCUGUGAAAAAAGGGUGAAAUGCGCGACAGAAGAUGACGAAAUAAAUUUAAGUUCAUUGAUAAAAUCUGCCAAUAACUAUAUUGUAAAAGUAAAUAAAACUGAGUUUCAUAUAAACAUAUGCAGGCCAUUAAUUCCUAUAUCAGGUUUAACAUGUGUACAUGGCAGUGCGGUUUGCAAAGCUUCAUUAAAUUCACGUAAUGAAUAUGUAGACGAAAUCAGUUUAGGGUUUCCAAAAGAAAAUCCUAUAUUGUAUAAAAACCAUGAAACUGUGUUACGUUACGUGGAUGGAUCUCCUUGCCCCGAAAAUCCAAAAAGAUUAAUUUCUUCAAAUUUUACAUUUCCGUGUUAUAAUAAUGGCAAGGGAUUUCCGGAAUUUAAAAGAUAUGAAGACUGCACUUACAUUUUUGAGUGGAAAACAAGUAUAACAUGUGGAGCUGCAAUGGGAAAUUGGACUUCUCCUUGCAUUAUACACGAUCAAUUACUUUCUUAUGAGUGCGAUCUGUCUCUGCUACAUAAAAAUGAAAAAGUAUACUAUGUGGAGAACAAACAAGGGAAAAAAUAUAGCAUAAGUAUAUGUGGUGGAGAAAAGAGCUGCAAUGGCUCUGCUGUAUGUGAAGGAAACAAUGGUUAUGGAACACUAGCAAAUGUAAUUUUUGAUUAUGGUAGAGAUGUUAUAAAACUUCAAUACUCUAAUGGUAGUAAAUGUGUAAAUAGCUCCUACACAUCCGAAGUACGAUUUAUAUGCAACGAAUCUAUAGGAAUUGGCACACCAAAGCUGUUAUGGGAAUCACCGUGCAGUGCAGAAUUCGAAUGGCAUACAAAUGUAACUUGUACCUGCCAAUCAAACUCUCAGCAACCUACUGUUCCUCCGAACACACAGGAAGAUGUACAUGAAUUGGCUCCUAGUCAUACUGGUACAAUUGCAGGCAUCGUGCUGAGUGUUAUCGCCCUGGUAGCAGCGUUGCUUUAUUUUCGAGAUCCAGAUAAACGAGCAUGUUUGCGCUCUUGCAUUAAUCCAUUUUCCUUGAAAAGAGGCAGUAGUCGCGUUCAAUACUGCAGGGUCGACACUACAGAGGAAGCUCGUCUUUUGCUAGACGUCGACCCAACGCAGUGCCAAACAGAUAGCGACGAUGAUCUUUUGAAUGCCUAGUCAUAUCUCAUUGUCGUUGUUCAUUCUUAAAACUUUAUUUUAUCUAAGUUUCAAAACACACGAGGAAUAUGUACUCUUAUCGAACACGUGAAACUCUUGCUUGAAACGCGUGAAAACAUACUUUUCUGCUUUCUUUGCAUUACCAUUGGUUCCGUGCCAUAAAUUUAUUAGUAUUAACAUUUAGGACUGUCACGUAGAAGAAACGAUUUUAGUAAAUAUAGUUUUCGUGUUUCAAUGUAAUAAUUAAUAUCGGAUUUGUUUCAUUUAGAACUUUGCUAACACGAGAGUUACUUGUGGAAAUAUUUGAACUAAUAGAUAUACAGAUAGACUGAAACUGAAGAUUUCGUUUGGUAAAAUUGUAUAAUAUUUUUCACACGGAGUUAUUAAUUUUCUGAACUAUUCCUGGAAAAAUAAGUGCAGUAAUUCGACUAAUAUUAUACGGUAAGGUUGUAAAAUAGAAUUAGCGUUAUAAAAUUUAUGAAUUAAAAAUUAAUGUGAUAAUUCUAUAAUAAUGUGAUUUGAGUCUAAAUUAAUUUUUAUGCUUCUAAGAAGGUUGUAUAUAUUUUACGUUUUUUUUUAAAUAGAUAUGUUUUAUUUCUAAUUGUAAUAAGAGAUAGUCAUCUAAGAAAUCAAAAUUUUUAAUAAAACAAUUGAGUUAUCUCAAGAUAUUAAAUUACCAAUUGAAACACUGUACUUACAUACUUUGGAAAUUUAAUUUUCUUCUUAUUUUUCUGUUUGAAAGCUACUGACGGAAAGCUCAAAGAAAGCUUCCAAAAGAUAAUCUUUCCUUUUUUGGUUUCUAUUCUGUAACAAGAUUUUUGUUACCUUCUAUGGUACGGAAUUGAUACAUAAAGUUUAUUUUGAUAACUAAAAGAAAACAAUGUUCUUUACAAUGAAAUUAAUAUAAAGCUUCUUAAAUAUUUUUGUGAUUGAUAUAUUAUAAAGCAUUCCAGUAUAUUUUUGAAAGAGGAUUAUAUUUUAUAUUAGAAUAUCAAGAAUCAAUUUGAAGCUUUUCGUACAUAAGAAAGGAAUUUCCAAAAUUCCUUAAAAAAUUAACGAUGUAUUUCAAACAGAUCUACUAACGAAUAUUCUAUAUGAAAUGCAAUAUACAUAUAGCAGCAUCGUAUUAUACGCAGCUAAUAAAAUGUGAAAUAAUUGAAUAGAAAUUCUAAUAUCGCUGGAUCUCUUGUCAUCAACAAUAUUGUGCUCAUGAUUUAUGUAAUAUUUGUUUUUUAAAUGUCAUUAUAUCAAUAAUAUUGACGGAAAUAUUUUAUUGUAAUUUACCAGCCGAACAAUUGUAGCAUAGCUUGCAAAGUUUCUUUAUAGUUCUUUAUUUUGUGAAAUAUGUAAUAUGUCAGUUAAUUAUUUUAUCGAUGUAUCUUUGUCGAUUAUAAAAAUAUGUAAUUCCAAAGGGGUACUUAAUCUGUAUAUGCAACAAUGUUUUUAAACGAUGUGUCUAUAAAUAAAAUCUUUUAUGAUGUCUUUCCUGAAUUGUACACUUAAUAAAGCGAAGCUUUCCGUUCCAACUCUUUCAUCACCGGUAUUUCUAAAAAUCGCUGAAAAAAACAAGCGUAUCUCACGUUAAACUGCUAACGUUAUAACAUUAAGCCGAUUAAACUAAACAAUCACGCGCCUUCGUAUACCUGAAACGCUCAGGUAGCACUUCAGGCAACUUUAGAAAUGGGAUUAGCGAUACCUGAACGAAACAUAAAACAAUUAUGGUCGUGGAACUGUCGUGGAAAUUCCUUCGUCUGACCAUCGACCAAUCGAGCAAUUACGAUUAGCUGGCGGUUCGUCGGAAGUAAUCACUUUUACGUCACAGCCAGUUAUCGAUAAGACGAUGGACAUGGAAACUUAAAAGCGUUGUUAUGAAAUAAAUUGUUCUAAGUGCUAAUGUGUCGAUUCAGAAAAUAUCAUCCUAUCUUCGAAAGCGAGUAUCAUAAAAUUACCUAAAAAAAUCCUUAUUUUUCUUUUGUUCCUCCGGACUAUGUAUGUAUAUUAAUAUUGUAGGUCUUCAGCAAAAUGGAAUAUAUUAUUGGCGAUAUAGAUGAAUAUUUAAUAUGAAUAUUUUUAAAUUAUUAAUGUCAAUACUAAUUCUGUAGAGGAACUCAAUUAUCAUAUUCCUGUAUCAUUGUAUUUUAGGUCCAACUAGAAGCGAAUAAAUGUUUGAAACUCCUUACCUUUGUAAGGAAGUACGUGUUUCCAAUAACUUACUCAUGUUUUUGGAGAAUAUGUCGGUAAUUUUUAUCACAGGUAUCCGUCUGUUCGGCAUGUUCACUGUAGAUUUUGCGAAUACAAGGAAAUUUUCGGGAACUUUAUGGUUAAACAGCGGGACGAUUGUUAUAUACCACGUAACACGAUGGUAACAUAGUAAUACUCGUGAAAUAUACAAAUAACAAUUAUUUGAUGUCAAUAAGACAGUGUGGCGAAUAUAAUUCUCCGUAAUUCUCUAUAAUUAUCACGAACAUAAUACUUUAAUCCGUAUGUACUACAGAUAAUUAAAAACUUACCCGAUAAUCUUUAGGAAAUAUUAUCAGAAAGAUGUAAAAGAAAGAUUUAAAACCGUUACAGAUGAAAUAUUUAAAAAUGAAAUAUGUUAAAAGAAAGAUUUUCAUAUCUAAUUCUCUAAUUUAAAAUCAGCACUGUGCACAUCUAAAAAAAAUGUUCAUUUAAAAAGAAGAUAAUAUUAUAUAUAUAAAAUAAUUCUAAAAUAUUCUAUAUAAAAUAAUUCAAAGGUAAUGUAAAAAAAUGUAGACUUUCGUUAAAUUCGUAUUUAAUCAACACUGGCUGUUAUUAUUAUUCUUGUUUAACGAAGCUAUUCCACGAGACAAGUUUUAAUAGCACGUAACUGUAAUACCAACUUGCAAGGGUGAUUUUUAAGCCAAUUUAAUCGAUUGGUAGAAUAAUACUACUUUUACUAAAAUGGUUCGUCUUACCUAUAACAGAAAGACAGAUCACAAUUCUAGAUUUUAUUUUCCUAUUUUCACGGCUAUUUAUAAAGGCAUUGUAUUAUGCUAAUUACAUAUUCUAGAAAAGAUAAUCCACAGAUAUAAAUUGAUAAAUAUGACAAUCAAUACUUUAAAGGUAUUCAAGUUCGAGGCAUUUUCAAAGACGUACAUCCAUCUGCUUCAGAAUUACCCUUUGUAAAUUUAAAAUGAACAAAUUCCAUAUUUCCAAUUUCUUUUAAAUAAGAAAAAAGUCACCUCUUUCUGUUACCAAGAAUUACACUGUAUCUUGCACAAUCAGUAUACAGUAAUCGAUAAUAAAAAUGGAACAAAGGAUCAGAGGGGAUGUAUGCGUUCGCUCGUGUGAAAGUAUCACACAGAGAAACGGAGAGCGGAUACGGAGUUUGUAAAAGCGAAAAAAAGUCCACAGAUAAUGUGUACAUUAAUUUAUGUAAUAUUCCACUCUUUCCGUAAUACACGCCAAGACAUGAUUGAAACAAAAACCUCGCCCACCGCGGAUACAGUAACGCGUGCUUUGCGCACGUCUGAAACAAUACAAUCAGGAGAAAACGAAAGCUCGUUAAACUCGGUAACAAUUCGAUUCGGUAUACCACACCAGUGUGCGCGUGAUACAUCGACAAAUGUAAUUACACAACGAAUUUUCUCUAUUCGAUCACACAGCAAGUGUCCUUUCGGCUUACAACGAUAAUACAGGCGUGUGUACGAUCUGGGGCAUGGAGAAAAAAGAAACGAAAAGCGAUAUUUACUCGAUAGGGGAAAGAAAUCAUCCCUAAAACGUGUCACAUCCGAUCCCGUGAUGAUUACAAUACGCUCUUUCGCUCUAAUCGAUAGAAAAUAAUUUUACGGAACCGCGUUUCUCGGGAACACUAUGAUCUACGAAUACAAUGGAAACGUGAAAACCGAGGAAGGCUCUGUGUUUCUGUGUACGUAUCCUGCGUGUAUGUCACGUGUGUAUGUCGCUUUGUAAUUCGUUUUUAUAAUUCGCAGCGAGUUCGCAGGUAGACGGGAAAAAGGAAAAAGAAAAAUGAAGAGCAAAAAUAUGUUAAACUCGGAGUUUGUGUCGCUUACGUAAAAGAUACUCUCGCGUGAUCUUCAUCCGUGUAUUCUGUGUGUAACCGCGUGUAUCUGUGUGCGUGUGUGUGUAUACGUGUGUCGAAAGGACAGGAAACGAAUUCAGUCGUAACAGCUAGCGUAUUUUUUGUUUUCCAUAGCACAUACAUUCAUUAUACGUAGAUUGUUCAUAGCUUAAUGUGGUUCCUCUAUCAUCUUUUUUUUUGGUUUAUAGCAACAGCGAAUACACUAGAGCUUUUUUUUUUGGUCAGAUUAACAAACGGACUCGCGAUUUCAAUCUGCCGCCGAUACGUCGAUUAUGCUCAUGUCUGCCGGAUGUUGACCAUGACCGACUAAGCCCAUGCAUCAUUGGCAGGUUGUCGGGAAUCGUUUCGUACAGAUGGGAGACCAUAGUCUCAUCCGGCAAUGACCGGUCUCCCGGUUGAAGGAAAAUUUUGCAUGUGCUCUGGCGAAAUGUUUCUUCAUUUUCUUCUUUUUUUUUUCUCCGUGCGAUCGGAUACCUCAUGAUUGAGAAGACCUACAAAGUAGCUAUAAGAGAUGCAGGAGCGUAUUUCUACAAGCGUCUCGUCUCGAAAAACGGAAAAUUAAAAGACCUCGCGCACAUCUUCUAUUACCAUUUGACACGUUUUCCGUACUUUUGACGCGACGGUUCGCGCGCGAAACGAAUUGUCGAAUUGAUCGAAUUGCUAUGUUUCGAUCGAUCGAAACGCGCGCGACACGUUUUGAUCUCCCUUCCUUUCUAUCUUUGUUCUCUCAUUUUGCUUAUCUUCUUCCCCCCCCCCCCCCC